UAUUGCUAGACAGAUACCACUUGGCCCCGUUUACAAACCCAAGAAUAUAUAUCUCCACCCACAUACAUUACGUUAUCGGUGCCGACGGCUUCGAGAAUUUCUUCACCUCUGAAAUUGUCAUGAGUCCUGUCAUUUUCGGCUGUAUUAUAUGUGGAUACGCAGUUGAUGGCUACACCAGAUCUGUCACCCAGUCUUGGUUGAAGGAGUUUCGUGCAAUCUAUUCAAACCAUGGAGGAAUUUUCAUUUCUGGUGUCGGGUGCUAUGAUGACCCUGGUGAUGGUACGUGGGUCGCACCUCCUCUUCCUCAUAUGCGUUGGGACGAUCACGGUUAUACAAAGCAACUUAGAGAUCAGAUUCCAGUUAUGAGACAAAGUCCAGAGAAUAACCGACAUGGCUAUAUUGUCCAUAAUGCUUGUUGGUGUCUUCUCCAGAAAGUUGUGGAGCCCAAUAACAUCCCUUUAGAACGACUUUACAGGAUUUGCAGUUCUUUACCCUUUCCUAUACGAGGGAUUGGGGUGUCUUGGGGCCAUGAUUAUGGUGGCCUUAGUAUAAUCGAUAAUCAGGACUAUUAUCCAUGGGAGGACCGACUUAUGGAACAAUACAGCAAGUCAAAAGCCUAUCAAUAUGCGAGAUAUAAUCCAUAUGACGUCCCAGAGUUAUAUAAAUUGCUAUCUAUAUCCUCUCAAGUGGAUCAGAAUUCCGAGUUCCGCACAAAUAGCAACAAUUGCUUUUCAUUGUUGCCAUGGGAGAUCCGUGAAACCAUUGCUAUAUAUUUAUCCACUAGAGAUAUUGCGAACCUUCUCAUAUCAUCAAAAGCCUUUCUCCCGCUUUUGACUAGUCAGACCUUUUGGAGUUCCAGGUUCCAAACUGGUAGAGACCGUGAUUUUAUCUUUGAAACGAGAGCUAAGCGGCCUAAAGAUUGGAUUUACCUUUAUCAAAUGACGAAUAAUGCCCAGAACCCACCAGGUUUGAAAAAUAGAAAGAGAAUCUGGAGUUUGGCCCAGGCACUGGUUAAUUUACUCUGUUUCCAACUGGUUAGAUAUACAGAUCACUGUUAUGCAAUUCCAAAUCUCGAUCCCAGAUGGACGGUAGCUGCAGAUAUUAAGGAAGACACUGUUCCUAACUAUUCUUUUAAGGAAGGUUGCCGGCUUUUUGAAAAACAAUCUACAUAUUUACCUAAAGAUCUUGUCCAAAUUGCCUUUUCAGUCACAGAAGCAGGUGUUACUGGUUAUCUUGCAGGGAUACGUUUCACAUCAAAGGAUGGUUCACAUAUUUGUCUGGGCUAUAUUGCUAAGGAUAAGGAACUAUAUCUCGACAUCGCAACCCUGAAGGGGUUCGUUUUGGCGAUGGGACCACGAGGAAUUCAGGCUCUCCAAGUUAUCAACUGCGAUGGGAGGAUUUCAAGAUGGUUUGGGUGCCCCAGUAACUCUCCAGUGACAGAGCGCCUUGUAUGUUCUGAGGUCAUUAAUGCCCUAGAAAUAGGGUUAGAUGGGUAUAAAAUAACCAGUCUCUCAAUAUCUGGGCAGGAGCUUUCUCAUGUAUCGAAAUCUAUGCCACAGAAUUCUUCAUUGAGAAAAGUUUCCUUGUGGUAUCCUGCUGUCCCUCACUCAGACUUGUAUUUAAAUGACGAAUCCUUUACAGGGGAAAGCCCACUUACUGCUGGAUAUCAACCAUUAUGCUGGAUUCAAUUUGGAGGUCCUAAUGGAGUGUAUCUUCGAUCUCUGAUUGAAAUCUGUGUUAUCCGGUUAGGGGCUUUAUGCUCUAUCGAGUUCCAUUAUAAAACUAAGACCGCGUCACCGAAAAUACAGAAGUUAGGCCGUCGCAAAUUAACGAGUUUCUCAGAGAUUAUGCGCUUUCCUUUGGAUGGUCCUGGCGGGGAACUUAUACAGUCUGUUGAAGUCAGUCUUAUACGUUUAGAUGGCGAUAAUGUAUACGGUUUUUAUAGACAUGGAAAACUGAACUCGUUUAAGAUUUCGACAAAUCGUGGAAGAUCUAUGCAUUUUCAACCUCGGGAAAGCUUGGCUCAUCCAUCAAGCUUAACCCCAUUAUCGAUUGCAGCUGGAACUAUUCUCACGGGAUUCUACGCUAGCCAACAUCCAGAAGAAGGACUUGUGAGCUUGGGUGCUAUUUCUGAGGUGAUAGAGUAGGCAGUCGACGUAACUACGUCCGGAAGACCUUUACAUGGGACCAAGAAACCCAAUAUCUAGUCGCUGCGCCAAAGAUGGAGGACGGACAGAAACGUAUCGUGGUUACUGAAGAUAUGAUUGCAGAUAUAGUCGAACACGUGCAUGAAAAUAACGGGCCAUGCUGGAUGGGAUUACACAGAGGGAUCAGCAAAUCAUACUACGGUAUCUUCAGAUCGGGUA